UUUGUGGGGCUUCAUUUCUGCGGAGGUCAUGAUGAAGGGAGUCUCAGUAGGAGUCGGCCUCCUUGGGCUGCUGCUGGCCUGCGUUACCACAGCACCGACCAAUAAGGACAGGGACUGGGACAUCUACAGCUUUCACAUCAACUCCACAGUGACCAGUCGCUAUGCAACCACUAUCAUCACCAGCCGGGUGGCCAAUUGGAAUGACCAGUCACAGGAAAUAGAAUUCCAUGUCAAGAUUCCCAAGAAUGCUUUCAUCAGUAAAUUCAAAAUGACCAUUGAGGGGCAGACGUAUGAUGGGGUAGUGAAACAGAAGGAGGAGGCUCAGCAGCAGUACACUCAGGCAGUGUCUCGUGGCCAAAGUGCUGGCAUAGUCAGUUCGGUGGGGAGGACCCUUGAGGAGUUUAAGACAUCUGUGACUGUGGCCGCGCUCAGUAAGGUGACCUUUGAACUGACCUAUGAGGAGAUGCUGAAACGCCGACUGGGCAAGUACGAGCUGCUGAUCCAUGCUCGACCCAUGCAGCCUGUUGCUGACUUCAAGAUUGACGUGUACUUCAAUGAGCGACCAGGCAUUAACUUCCUGGAGAUAACAGGAGGGCUGAGCACCAAAGCACUGGCAAAUGCCAUCACCAAAACGCAUGCUUUUAGUGAGGCCUGGGUACAUUUCUACCCCAGCAAGGAGCAGCAGAGUCAGUGUGACAGCUGUGGAGAGCAGGGCCUGAAUGGAGACCUGGUCAUCGCCUAUGAUGUCCACAGAAACACGUCUAAGGGAGAUCUCCAGGAGUCAGAGGGGUAUUUUGUCCAUCACUUUGCCCCCAGUGACCUACCACGCAUUCCAAAGAACGUGGUCUUCAUCAUCGAUCGGAGUGGCUCCAUGCAUGGCAGGAAAAUGGAGCAGACCCGUGAGGCCUUGUUGAAGAUCUUGGGAGACCUGGCGGAGGACGACCACUUUGGCCUGAUCACCUUCGACAGCUCAGUGUCUACCUGGAGGAAGGAGCUGCUGCCGGCCAACCAGGAAAACCUGGAGGCUGCCAAGAGCUUCGCACGACACAUCCGCGACAGAGGAGCCACCGACAUCAAUGCUGCUGUGUUGGAGGGCACAGCCAUGUUGAACCGACACCCACAAGAGGGCUCAGUCUCCCUCCUCAUACUACUCACUGAUGGAGACCCAACCACAGGUGAGACCAACCUGGAAAAGAUCCACAAGAAUGUAAAAGAGGCUAUUGGUAAGAAAUUCCCCCUUUACUGUCUUGGCUUUGGAAUGGAUGUCAACUUUGACUUCCUGGAGAAGAUGGCACUGGAGAACAGUGGUGUGGGACGCAGAAUAUAUACGGACUCUGAUGCUGCUCUGCAGCUGCAGGGCUUUUAUGAAGAGGUGGCCACACCCCUAUUGACUGAUGUGCAGAUGAUAUAUCUGGGUGGGGCUAACCUGACCCAAACCAACUUCAACCAGUAUUACAAUGGCUCCGAGAUCGUGGUGGCUGGCCAGAUCACCGACAACAACAUAGAGAUGUUUACCGCAGAAGUCAUAGCUAUAUCGAAAAGCAAUAGGGUGAUGUACUCUGACACAUUACCAAUGGAGGAGCCCAUUGAAGCCAGGUCUAACAGCCACAUCCAGAGGCUGUGGGCCUACCUCACUGUAAAGCAGCUCCUGGACAAAGAGGUGCAGUUGAGCGGGAAGGCGAAGGAGAAGGUGAAGAAGGAGGCCCUGGAUCUUUGUCUGAAGUAUGGCUUUGUGACUCCUCUCACAUCCAUGGUGGUCACCAAGCCCCAGGGAGAGGACUCACAGGUGGCCCACAAGCCCAAGGAGGGGGAAAAGCCCACACGAUCCAGUCAAGUCCUCUCCGGAUCAAGAGUACAGUUCACGGCCCCCCAAACCGGAGUCCACAGGGCCCCUACAAUACCAGCUCCAGAUCAUUAUCAUCACCCAGGAAUGCUAUCUACAAUGUUAGCUUCAGCUGGUCUUUCCCCAAAACAAGGACUAAGAGGAAAUGCUAAGGAAUGGGCCAUGGAAAGAACAGUAAUCCCGGCAAGACACGGCUUGAUGUUUCAAACUUAUCAUGAUGUUGGUCAUGGCAUACAGCAGUCACAUCCUGACUUUGUCCUGGGUUCAGAGUCUUAUGAUCCUCCACAAACUCGCUCAAUUAAAACUACAAUGAGAACUACAACUACAACUGUGAGUCCUCUCCUGAGGUUCUUGUUGCCGGCUGAGGGUCAGGCUCUGCCACUGUGCUAUGACAUUCCUGCGUCUCUCUCUCUCAGACUGCUAAUGGACCCCAACAAUGAGUUGUCUAUGAACGGUCAGCUUGGACAAUCAGCCAGUGCAGGCUACCAGAAGAUUGUGAUCCAUUACAAAAGUGAUCAACAUAUUGAGUUCGACACCACUGGCAUCACUUUCAACGAUGGACAGAAUGCAACAUACUUCUACUGGAGCCUGGAAAUCAACCACGAAACAGACAAUGUGUCUCUGUUCCUAAGGGACAGGGAGAUGGAUGUCACCAUAGCGUCAACACGGGUCAUCAUCAUGUUCUACAAGAGGAAUGGAAUCAAGUUCCUGUGGCCCGUCCUGAGGCAGCGCACAACAGGAGACAACAUUACCGGGAUCAUGGCCCGUCCACCUGUUGCCUAUGAGGAGGUCCAGGGAACAACAAUGAAACUUAAGAUUCAGGACAAAGAAGUAGACGUCUCCAGGGACUCUGCUGUGGAUCUCAGUGCUCGCUCUGCCCCCACCGUGGCAUGCUGGUUGCUGCCGCUUCAGUCUGCCCUACAGGGGGAGCUAGCUGACUUCACCGUCACACAACUCUAACUGACCAUGUAGUUGCUCCCACCACCAACUCAUGAACACUAAACAUACAAUAAUUGUGUUCUAGAAUUAAGAAGAGCAACAAUUAAGACUGAGGUUUCUUUAUAUAGUUCUAGGAGUUCACAUAAUAGCACAACUAAGAUCUCCUGUGACCAAUUCAUUGUAGAAUAAAUAUCAUUUUCUGAACAGUU